UCAGCCUCCAUCCAGUACAACAUCAUCUGCAUCUUCGUCGUCCUCAUCUUCCACUUCAUCAUCCACGUCGUUGUAUGCAGUGUCAUCAUCAUCAUCAUCUGCAGCUUCGUCAUCUGGAAGGAUGUGUCUGUCGAAAAGUUCCUCCAUGAAGGAUAAUAACAAACUUAUGCCACCAGGUCGAUUGCUUAAAAGACAAAGGAUGGCAGAGAACAAGAUGAACCUACAGGCCAAUUGUGAUUGGGGCGAGAGAUUCGUCGAGGUCUUCGAGAUCAUUAGUCAGAUUGGUGAGGGCACAUACGGACAGGUCUACAAGGCCAAGGACAAGCAAACUGGUGAGAUGGUGGCUCUGAAAAAAGUACGCCUGGAGAAUGAGAAGGAAGGAUUCCCGAUCACCGCCAUCCGGGAGAUUAAGAUACUAAGGCAGUUGGUUCAUCCGAAUGUCGUCUGCCUGAAGGAAAUUGUCACCGACAAACAGGAUGCUCUUGAGUUUAGAAAAGAUAAUGGAGCAUUUUACUUGGUCUUUGAGUACAUGGAUCACGACCUGAUGGGCUUGUUGGAGUCUGGCAUGGUCACGUUCUCUGAGAUGCACAUUGCAUCCUUCAUGAAACAACUACUAGAAGGCCUGAACUAUUGUCACAGCAAGAAGUUCUUACACAGAGAUAUCAAGUGCUCCAACAUACUGCUAAAUAACAAAGGUCAGAUAAAACUGGCAGAUUUUGGUCUGGCUAGGUUGUAUUCAGCAGACGAGGAGCGUCCUUACACAAACAAGGUAAUAACGUUAUGGUACCGAUCGCCCGAACUCUUAUUGGGAGAGGAGAGAUACGGCCCAGCAAUUGACGUCUGGAGUUGUGGGUGCAUUCUAGGGGAACUAUUCGUAAAGCGCCCUCUCUUUCAGGGCAAUCAGGAGUUAGUGCAGCUGGAGCUCAUUUGUCGACUGUGUGGCCCCCCGGCGCCAUCUUGUUGGCCUGACGUCAUCAAGUUACCCCUGUUCAACCAGUUUAAGUUAAGGAAGGUGUGUCAGAGGAGAGUGAGAGAGGAAUUUUCAUUCAUGCCCAGGCCAGCAUUAGAUUUGUUGGAUCGCAUGCUAAUCCUGGAUCCAAGCAAGCGCAUUUCAGCUGAAGCUGCUCUCAACUCCGCCUGGCUCAAACACAUCUACCCUGAAAAAGUCCAACCACCUGAUUUUCCUCGCGAUCAAGACUGUCACGAACUUUGGUGCAAACGUCGCAAGAGGACGAUGAGAAUAGAGGAAGAAAGUCUUAAAAUAUCAGCUGCUGCAGCAGCAGCAGCGACAACCGACAGCCAAUCCUCCUCUUUGUCGUUAUCUUCAAAUUUGUUGUCAAUCUCGCAUCAUCACCACCACUCUUCUAAUAAGAUUCAAAUUAACAAAGCUGCCUCAUCGCAAGCUGCAUCCAGCACGUCGUCGUCCGCCAGCAGCAAGGUUCCCGCCAACCGAUUCAUCACAACGGAACAACAUCGAUGAUAUCGAAAGAUUAGAAAUUAUGGAAUGCUAAAAAAAAUUUCUUGAAAUUUGUUGAACAUUAUUUUUAACCUUAUUACAUAUGCGUACGUACACACACAUAUAUACGUACAUACGUACUACAAUAUGUAUAGUGUGUAUGUUACAUAAACGUAUAUAAGUGAAUGUAUAUAUAUAUAUAAAUAAAUACAUACAUACAUUCAUAUAUAUGUGUGUGUGUGUGUGUGUGUGUGUGUGGAUGUAUAUGAGUGAUGGUUAACUUUAUGUAUGCUAAUUUAUAAUAAGUAUAUAUUCACUAUCUAAAACUGGUGAAAAUGCAUGAGAAUUAAGGGAUUCAUUCAAUACCGAAUUGACAAUUUUCUGACUCCGGAUAUAUUUAAAAAUGAAAUUAUGUAAAAAA